GGUUGCUGGCCAGCUAGUGGCAGUGGCCGGUCAGAUUGUUUUGGUGGGAGGCGCGAGGGGCUUCGGACUUCCACUUUCUCUGGUUUCUUGUUUCUAUUAAGGGUUUCUGGUGGGUGUCAGGGACCUGCGGACGAGAAGGAUGCGGCUGAAGGGCUGGCCGGGAACGGUUCUGAGAACCCUCUUCCUGUCUGAGCCCAGUCGUGCGCGAACCCCCGGUUUGAAGGCGGGGUAGUGGGCAGACUGGGAACCUCCCUCUGGCAGGUCGCGUACUGCGCAGCCAGGAGCAGCCAAGCAGGGGGCGUGUCCUGAUGGUCUGGGAAUCUCAAACUUUCAUUGAGUUGGGAGCCAAGCCCUUCCACCUAGCCAGAAGUGGGGCUACCUGCGGACUGUUACAUGUUAAUGAGACCGGGCAUCUGGGUAGAGGCGUUUGUUCUGGAACCCAGCCUAGAAGCCUCCCGGUGGGUGAUAGAGCUUUCAAUGGAAGGAUGCCAAGAAGGAUUCUUUUUUUCUUUUUGUUUUUAGAGACAGGGUUUCUCUGUGUAGCCCUGGCUAUCCUGGAACGCACUCUGUAGACCAGGAUGGCCUCGAACUCACAGACAGCUGCCUGUGUCUGCCUCCUGAGUGCUGAAAUUAAAGGGGUGCACCACUACCACCUGGUUCUGGGAAGGAUUCUUAAGGGAACAGUGAGAUACCAGUUCCCUCCAUCCUAUCUGUCUUAUUACCUCACUUCUCCAACUCCAGGGGACUCCAGCGCGGCCAUCUCCCCUAUUUGCUCAAUACUUGUGAAUUUACAUAUCGAUUACUCUGCCAUCUCCAGCUCUCCAGUACUUGUGCCUGACGAGCCUGAUGGAUAGUAUCCCGACACACACCAGAGGCAAGAUGGCAGCUGGUCAGAAUGGCCAUGAGGAGUGGGUGGGCAGUGCAUACCUGUUUUUGGAGUCUGCGGUAGACAAGGUGGUCCUGUCUGAAGCCUAUACAGAUCCCAAGAAGAAGGCGGCAAUAUACAAGGCUCUGCAGACUGCAUUGUCAGAGAGUGGGGACAGUCCUGACGUACUGCAGAUCCUCAAGAUCCACUGCAGCGACCCUCAGCUCAUCGUCCAGUUGCGUUUCUGCGGGCGCCUGCUGUGCGGCCGCUUCCUCCAGGCCUACCGCGAGGGGGCGCUGCGCACCGCGCUGCAGAGGUGCAUGGCCGCGGCGCUUGCCCAGGAAGCGAUGCGAUUGCAACUGGAGUUGCGUGCUGGGGCGGAGCAGCUGGACAGUUGGCUGACCGAUGAAGAGCGCUGUCUGAAUUACAUCUUAGCCCAGAAGCCCGACCGGCUCAGGGACGAGGAACUCGCGGAGCUGGAGGAUGAGCUCUGCAAACUGACCUGUGACUGCGCUGGCCAGGGUGGAGCCACACAGGUAGCUCCAGCGAGUUCGAAGUCCCUGGUUUCAUCUCCGACCGAGGAGAAGCCACUGCCGGCCGCCUGCCAGACUUUUCUGUUCCAUGGUCAGCCCAUAGUGAACCGGCCACUGAAUCUGCAAGACCAGCAGACGUUCGCGCGCUCAGUGGGCCUCAAGUGGCGCAGGGUGGGGCGCUCGCUGCAGCGUAGCUGUCGAGCACUGAGAGACCCUGCCCUCGACUCGCUGGCCUACGAGUAUGAGCGCGAUGGGCUAUAUGAGCAGGCCUUCCAGCUGCUGCGCCGGUUCAUACAAGCCGAGGGCCGCCGCGCCACAUUGCAGCGCCUGGUGGAGGCGCUGGAGGAGAAUGAGCUCACUAGUCUAGCAGAGGAUCUGCUGGGCCAGGCGGAGCCGGAUGACGGCCUGGCUUAAGUCUAGUACUGUGGAAAAGGGCGGUCAACCAGUUUUUGGAACCCAUGGGUAGUUGUUGGGGUCUUUUUACUGCGGAUGUUGCUACUGCUGGCCACUUUCCAUCCACUGGACUCGGAGAGCAUACAAACUCCCCUACCUAGCUGAGCGGCUGGAGUGGAACUAACUGCUCUCCCCCUCAACCCCCACCGCCCCCAGGAACCAGAUAAGCACCGCAGGGGUGCAUCACUGAUGAUCAUAUAAAAAGAGGACUUCCCGCAAAAACCCACUAAGUACCUGGACCUUCUGAAACCUAGAUGUCAUUCAAGGUGCUACAAAAAGUGUCUUGAGCGGGAUGGCACGAUUUUCCCUGCCCUUGCCUGGUAUUCAUCGUGGGACCUAAGCACUUUGCAACGAAAAUAAAAUGUAACCCUUUUACAGACUUGUAGAAA